AUGGUAUAUUUUAUUGCCUUUUUGAAUGCUAUUAUACUUUUUAAUUCUAUAAUAGGGUGGAGUAUGGUAAUACCUUGUGGGAUCUUUCUUAAGGUAGAGUUAAAUUAAAUGACCAUAUUUAUCAUUCUUCACUAAUUCAUUCACUGUAUUGGAACUGAUUUUAUUGAUCUUCUCUUCUUCGCUCAUUUAUUUUAAUAAUUAUUAUUGAGUGUUGAAGUGUGUCUAUAUUAAUUAAAUAAUUGCAGGAUUUCUAUUUUUUAUAUUAAAAAGAUUUAAAUUAAUUUUUAGAGAAUGGCUGACAAAAAAGAAUAACCUGUUUAAUAACCAAAAGGAAAGAAGGGAAAGAAAACCGGAGAAGAAACAACUCAAUAAGUUGUUGCUACUUUGGGACCAAAUGUUGCAGGAAAUGAAUUAGUAUUUGGAGUAGCUCACAUCUUGUCAACUUGGAAUGACACCUUCAUUCAUAUCACCGAUUUGACAGGCAGAGAAACAUUGGCUAGAGUCACUGGUGGAAUGAAAGUCAAAUCUGACAGAGAAGAAUCUUCACCAUAUGCAGCCAUGCAAGCAGCCAAAGAUGUUUAUGAAAAGUUGAAAACACUCAAAAUUAACGCUUUGCAUAUUAAAUUAAGAGCAAGAGGAGGUGUCGAUACCAGACAACCAGGACCAGGUGCUCAAGCUGCUUUAAGAGCUUUGGCUCGUUUGGGACUCAAAAUCGGUAGAAUUGAAGAUGUUACUCCUAUCCCAACCGAUUCUACUAGAAGACCAGGAGGUAGAAGAGGAAGAAGGUUAUGAAAAGUUAAAUAAAACAUACAUUAUAUUAUACAUGUACAUUGAAUAUUUAUAAUAUGAUAAUGAUAUUUAAUAUCUAACCACUA